ACAAAACAAGUAACAACGGACAACAGUUGUUGGACACUGAACGACUGAGUACCCCUCAGAGUUCAGAGUUUAGGCGGUUUAGUACGAAUUAGUACGGAAGUUAUAGAAAAUUGGAGAUCUUAUCGGAAAGUUAAUCGUUGUAUCCGGUUCUCCGAGUUCAGUGUUGUAUCUCGUCUGUCGCCUAAUGUCUUAUUGUUAAUGUAUUUGCAUUUUUAACUUUAGUCUAGUGAUUUUUUAAAGUUAUUUAUUCUUUUUUGACUACCCAUAAAUUUGAAAGCCACUGAAUGAAAUCCGCCGGUGUGAAAUAAUAGCACUGCAGUACGAUGGAUAGUUGCAACAUUAAAGUGGCGAUCAAGACACGUCCUUUAAACCACAAGGAACAGUUGGACGGUCGAGUUUACUGGAAAGUAGAAUCCGACAGUGUUAUUCAUAUUGAUCCCAUAACUAAAAAGAAGAUCGGAGAACAAUUUUUUUUCGACAGAGUAUUUUGUGAUAAAUCAACAAAUUAUGACGUGUUUGAUGAUAUUGUCAGACCAAUUAUUGACAGAGGAGUGCAAGGGUUUAAUGGUACUGUAUUUGCCUAUGGCCAAACUGGUUCUGGUAAAACAUUCACUAUGUCUGGUGAUCAGUCAAACCCUGGAAUUAUUCCAUUAGCUAUUAACUACAUGUUCAAUGCUAUGAAUAAUUCUUCCAGUAGAGAAUAUUUACUAAGAGCUUGUUAUUUAGAAAUUUACAAUGAAAAAGUUAUAGAUUUACUGGAAAAAAAAAAUAACAAAAAUCAAACAAAAAAAAUUGAAAUUCAAAAAGAUGGCUUACAUAUUACACCUUUAAAGGCUAUAGUUUGUCAAAAUUCACAAAUGGUUAUUGAUCUUAUGAAAAUAGGUGAGAAAAAUCGGAGUAUUGGAGAAACAGAUAUGAAUGAAAGAUCAUCAAGAUCUCAUACAAUAUUUCGCAUCAUUCUUGAAAGUCGUAAUGUAGAUGAUGAUUGUGAUGGGGCUUACCAACAAUCUGUGAUCAAUUUAGUUGAUUUGGCUGGUUCAGAGCGAAGUAGUCAAACUCAGUCAUCUACGGAACGGUUUAAGGAGGGUUGCAAGAUUAAUAGUUCUCUAACAACUCUAAGUCUUGUUAUCCAACAACUUAGUGAAUGUCCAGAUAGCUCGCAACAUGUCAAUUUCCGUGACAGUAAACUUACGAGAAUAUUACAAACAUCUCUUGGAGGAAAUUCUUUAACUGCAAUUAUUUGUACAGUAACCUUAGCAGUUGAUGAUCAAACAUCUAACACAUUGAGUUUUGCUUCUCGUGCCAAAAAAAUUAAAAAUAGUGCUAAAGUAAAUGAAAAUGUCACAGACGAAACACUUCUAAAACGUUAUAGAGUUCAACUUUCUAAAUUGAACAAAGAAUUGGAGGGUAUAAAACAAAGUCAGUUUGAAAAUGAUGAAGUAAAUGAAAUGAAAUAUAAGUAUCAGGAAGAAAAACGGACCAAUGAAGAAUUAAAGGAACGUAUAAUGCGUUUGCAAAGCAAUAUGAUAACUUCUGUAGCUCACACAGAUCAACCCUCAAAUAAAAAAGGGUAUCAGCGAAGAAGAACUUGGGGUGGAAAACUUGAUAAUACAUUUUCUUCAAAUAGUAUUCUUGAAACUAUUGAAGAAGAUGUCAAUGUGCAUCGGCCAAGUGUACCACCUAACUUUGGAAAUCUAAAUAAAGAAGUUAAAACACCGUUAGAACCAUUUGAAUGGGACUUAAUAAGAGAAGAAGAAUGCUCUGCUGUUACUGAAUCCAUAAAUAACGAAAAUACUGAACAUCAUUUCUCACCACCAUCCAACAUUCCAUUCAGUGUUUGUGAAACUCCCAAAAAAGUUUUAAGAGAACGGGUAAACAAUUACAAAAAUAUGUUUGAAAUGAGCAUGAAAGAAAACAAUGAACUAAGAGAAUUCACAACACUCGAGAAACAAAUGUUUUAUAAUAAUAAUGAGCAAUUGAAAGAGUUAAGUAAUUUAAGAAAGCAAGUUGAGAAUCUUCAAACUGAAAAAAAUGAAUCUGACAAAAUGAUUGAAAAACUUAAAUAUUCAAUUGAAGUAGUUAAACAUGAAAAACGUGAUAUUGAAGUUAUUAUGGAGGUUCAAAAGAAUAAAUAUGAUACACGAGAAAUGGAACUUCUGGCAACAAUUCAGGAAACAAGGGAAGAGUUACAACUCAAAGAGGAUCAAAUAAAAAAAACUAUAUUAAGUGAUAACUUUAUGGCAGAAAAGCAAGAAGAAAUUAAAAGACUUGAAAUGAAAAUUAAAGAAAUGUAUCAAUUAAAUAAUACAUAUAUUAAUGAAAUAGACACUUUGAAAUUACAAUUGUUAAAUAAAGACCAGCAACUUAAUGCCGAAUCAUCUAAGCAAUGUUCACUUUUGAAUGAGUUAUCUCUUCUUCAAAAUAAUGCUGCCGAAGUUAAAUCAGUUCCACGUGCUAUUAAAUUUUUAGCUGAUGAAGGGUAUUUUACUCUUAAAAAAUGUGAAAUAUUGGAACUAGAUCAAUUAUUAGAACAUAUUCAUACUACGGUCGAAAAAUUGCAACUAGAAAAUCAAAGUUUAAUAGAUGAAAACAACAACUUGAAGUUAUCUACAAAUGAAUUUAAUAUUCAAAUGAAAAACAUACAAGAAGAAAAUAAUGAAUUGAGAUUAAAACUUAACUCAAUUGAGGAAUAUAUUAAAUGUACCAUCAAAGAUUUCAGUUUAAGUUCUGAGAUAAAUUUCGAUCAUUCUGAUACAAAGAGUUUAAUUGAUUUUGCAGUUAAACAUUUUGAAGAAAACACAAACAAAGUUGAUAUACUGUCAAACAAGAAUUUAGUUUUAAAAGAAAAAUUAUCUUCAUCAAAUACAAAACUCUGUGACAUAAAAUCUUUUGUAUUUAAUGAUCUUGAUUGUAUUCUUCAAAGUAUUUCUGAUAUGGAAGUUAAAUCAAGUACUGAAAUGGAUCAAUUCAAGAAACAACUUUCAGAAACUUUAGAUGAAAAUUUAUUUUUAAAAUCUAGUAUUCAAGCAUUUAAUAAAUUAACAUUUGAAUGUGUUGAUAUUAUUGAACAAGUUAAGACUAAUCAUUCACAUAUAAUUUAUCUUCAAGAAGAACUUAAAAUCUGUAAUAUUGUUAAAAAUGAAUUACAAAUACAAAUUGAUGAAUUAAAUAGAUUGAAUGUGAAUCUUAAUAUGUUAAUUAAAAACCAAACUAAAGUUGAAAAUGAAAUUAAAGAAAAUCUGGAUGCUAAAUCUAUCAAUUUAAAUGAUGCCCAUAGUAAAAUAGAUGAAAUGCAAUUGAUAAUAAGAGACAAUGAAAUUAAAGCUGAAUCAAAUGAUAUCAUUUUAAAUCAAUUAAGAACUGAACUUGAAACUGUUAAAUCAAACCUCAAUGAAAAAUCAAAUAUGACACUCGAGCUUAAUGAAAAAAAAUUACAAGAUGAUUUAGUUACCAAGACAAAUGGUUUGAAAGACGCGCUAAAAGAAUUAAAAGAAAUGAAUAUUAAGCUUGAAUUAAAUGAUUCUGAAAUAGACAAAUUAAAAACUUCACUAAGUCUAGUGGUAUCUGAACUUAAUAAAAAGUUAAAACUCAUUGAAAUGGAAAACUCUACAAUUGAACUAGCUCAAAACAAGGAGUUUCAAGAAACAAGCCACCUUAGCAUUAUAAAUUCUACACUUACUGACAUAUCAAAGAGUGAAAAUGAAAUUCAUAAUGAACUACUAAUAAAAACCAAAGAAUUAGAAAAUGCAACUUCACAAAUUAAUGCUUUAAAAUUAUCAAUUGAAGAAAUGGAAACAAAAACUAAUUCUAAUUCUACUAUUAUUGAAAGAUUAAAUAAUGAACUUGAUGGUAAUAAAUUUGAACUGGAAGAAAAAUCUAAACUUUUGAAUGAAUUCAAAAUUAAUAAAUCUGAAGAGACAAUGUGUAAUAAUUUAGAAACAAUUUCUGAACUUAAUGGAAUCAUUAGUAAACUUCAAUCUGAAUUGGAAGAAAAAUUAAACAUUGAAAAAACAUUAAAUAAUGAAAUACAGAUUGUUUCAGUAGAAUUAGAUGAUGCUAUUUUAAAGGUUGAUGAAGUAAAAUCUGUGAUUAACAUUUUGAAUACAAAUCAUGAAUCAUAUAUUUCUGUUGUGGAACAACUGAACUAUGAACUUAAAUGUGUUAAAUAUACACUUGAUGAAAAAACUGAAUUAAUAUCUAAAUUAGAAAACACAAAUUUAGAACUUUUAACAAAACGUAAGAAUUCUGAUGAUCAAAUAAAUAAAACCAUCGUUGACCUUAAAGUGAAUCUGGAGGAUAAAAUUAAAGUUGAAAAUGAAGUAAGAGAUGAACUUAAAUUAAAAACUAUUGAAUUAGAACAUGCUAUGUCUCAUGAAAUUAACUAUCAAACUAAGAUAGAAAGUAUGGAGAAUGAAUUAAAAACAAAUGCUGUUAUAUUAGACCAACUUAAGUCUGAUUUAGACAUGAAAUCAAAUUUACUUUCCCAAUUAGAAAAAGUAAAUUCUGAAUUAGUUAAAAAAUGUGAUAAAAUUAAUGAAAUUAUGUUAAACAACAUAAAAGAUAAUGAACUAACUUAUAUAGAUAUUAAAAGUCAAUUACAACAAGUUCUCCAAGAAAAAUCUUUAAUUCAAACGGAUUUGAAUCUGAUUAGUCAAAAGUAUAUGGAAUUGUCAAAACACCAUGAUGAGACAAAAGAUAUUUUAGAAAAUAAAGUACAAUUACAAGUACUAAAUUACCAUAGUUUAUAUACAGAAUUUGUAAAUUUGUCUUGUGAUAUUGAAUCGUUAUUAAAACAUAAAUCCGUUGAAGAAUCUAAUUUGAGGGAAGAAAUUUUACUAAAAUCCACAGAGCUUGAACAUUUACAAAAACAAGUACUAGAGUCCAGUUUACAACAGGAAUAUGAGAGAUUAGAGGAAGAAUAUAUGUUAAGAUCUCGUGAAUGAGAUGAAGCAAGAGAAAAAAUAAUAAAUUUUGAAUCAAUAUUAUCAAGAAAUGAAGAAUCUGAAAAAAUUCUUCGAAAUAAUUUAGAAUCUAAAUGUAUUGCAUUGGAAGAAUAUAAGAAAAAUGUUGAAUUUUUGUUUUCGAGAAAUGAUUCAUUUCAAAUCAGGGUUAAUGAUUUUGAAGAUAAUGUUUUAGUGGAUUUAAAUGACGAAUUCGAUUUAAUGAAAUCGGAAUUGUUAAAAAAAACAGAAUACGAAAAAGUGUUAAUUGAGGAAAAAGCAAAUCUUGAGUGUAACUUGGACAGACUUCAAGAAAAGCUAACCAAUGUCACUAAAGAAAUGGAACUUAGCGAAGAACGAUGUGAAGAUUUGGCUUCAAUUAUUAAUGUUUUAGUAAUUGAAAUAAAGGAUGCAAAUUCUGCUAAACAAAAUUUAGAGACUUGUUUGAAUGAAGCUGAAUAUGAAUUAAUAAAGUCUGGAGAUUUCUGUGAAAAUCUUAAAUUUGAAUUAUAUAGCGUUCAAAGAGAAUUAGAAAAUGCAUGCAUCAAUGCUGAACGAGUAGAAAAAGAAUUACAAAAUCUCAAAUUUAAAUUUGGUGAAAAAAUUGAUAAAAAUGACUUGAAUGGUCGUGAUGUGAGAAAUCAAUUAAUUGAUCCACUUGUAGAUUAUGUGCAUGAUAUUAAAUUGAAACUCACUGAGCUCAAUUCUGCAAUAAUAUCAGGAAACCAAAGUGAAAAACGGUUUAGAACUAAAGUUAUGUCUGUCGAAGAUGAUAUUUUAGCACAUGAAGAGUCAUUAAAGAUAAACAGUGACUCGCAACCUGAUACUCUUGAUAUUGACAUUGGCUUAGAAAUUGAUAAUUUACAUAAGAUAUUAAAUGAAAAAAAUGAUUUGAUCAACUGUCUCCAAACAGCCAAAAAUGAUAUGGAAAAAAAAAUUGAUGAACUUCAAUGCCAAAUGAAAAAACAAUGUGAUGAAAUUAAUAAAUAUGUUAAUGAUAUAACUUUGGUAGAAAAUGAUUUAAAAGAAAAAACGUUAAUGGUUAUAAAUUUGAACGAUGAAUUGAAUGAAGUUAAACUAUUAAAUGCUGAACUAAAAGAACAAAUUAAUGAACCACAAGAUCAAAUUAUUAAAUUAUCUGAUGAAAAUGAAAAAAUGAUAAGUGAUAUAACAUUAAUGGAAAACAAUCUAAAAGAAAAAACAUCACUGGUAAGCAAUUUAAGAAAUGAAUUGAAUGAACUUAAAAUACAAUACAAUAAACUUGAAGAACAUAACCAGGCUAAUAAAGAACAAAUUUAUUAUAGCUAUGAUAUUGAUUCAGAGUUGAGAAAUGGUAAAAGAAAUAUAAUAAACGAGAUAAAUCUUCUUGAACCUGGAAAAAUCACAGGUGUUCUCACUGAUCAUAAUUUGUCAAAUUUAUUGGAUAUGUUUGUCAGCCUCAUAAUGUCAAAAGAACAACAAAUUGUAACUGACUUAGUUAAUGAUCACAAAAAGAUCAAACAAUUAUAUGAAGAUCAAAUCAAACAGUUUCAAGAAGACAUUAAAAAAGGGAAAGAAUGGCAAGAACAAGUUGAAAAUGAUAAUGAAAAACUUGGCAUCGAACUUGAAAAUCUCAAAUCUCAAAAACACAACUUCCCUUGUAGAGAAUUAAAAAUAAAAGAACUGACAGAAAAAGUUUUGGAAGCAGAGAAUUUAUCUUUUAACUAUCUAAAUGAGUUGGAAGAAUUAAAAGCUCAACUUACUAAAACAAAUGAACACAAUUAUCAGUUAUUGUCAGAUGAAUUUGAAGCAUUUAAGACGAGUUCAGAGUUGUCCAUUCAAGAUUUGAAAAAUAAACUUGAAAAUCUAACCAAACAAUAUGACGAAUCAUUAAUAAUGUGCAAAGAUCAGAAAGAUUAUCGUUUUAGUCUGGAAGAUAAAAUAGAAAAAAUUCAAUCAGAAUGUGCUUAUUUAAAAUCUGUUAUUGACAAAAAAGAUGAAGAUAUUAAAAAUUUACUUGAUGGAUUUCAAUUGAAGACAAAUGAGUAUGAAACAUUGAUAGAGAACUAUAGUUUACAAAAAGAAGAAACAAAAAUUCAUCAUGAAAAGAUGAUCAAUGAACUUGAGUCGGAAGUAAGUAAUAUCAAACAUCAAAUGUAUUGUACAGAAAAGUUGCUAAAAGAAAUAAAAAAAAAUAACGAACAACUUCUUGAAGAGAAUUCAUUAAAUUUAUCAAAAAUUAAACAUUUGCAAGAAAAUUAUAAUUCUGCUGUUCAAAUUGCAGAAUUAGAGGGUGGUAGUCAAAUAACUAAAAUUAACAAUACAAAGUUUGAAAAUCUUGAAAAAGAGUUAAAUGUAAAGAAUAAAGAACUUGAAAGGCUAGAAUUAGAUUUGAGGUUAAAAACCACAAAACUCGAGGAAACUGAAGAACAAUGUUCAAAACUAGUUCAUGCUCUCGAGACUCAUAAAGUAAAAAAUAAUGAAUUUGAAAAACAAUUAGAAAGUUAUUCAAAGACUUCAAAGAUAAAAGAUGACAAAAUUGAAAAUUAUCAAAUUCAAUUGAAAAUGAAUGAAAAUAGUUUACUUGAAGUCAAUAAUGUAACUGAAAAAUUAAGAAAAAUACUUAAGUGCGAUGGAACAUUAUCGACACUCUACGACAAUGUCUGUUUAUUGAUAACCAAAUGUGAAGACUUGGAAGAAGAAAGUAAUGAACUCAAACAGUCUAAUGCCGACCUAGACAAUGAAUGUGAGUCUAUGUUAGAAGAAGUAAAGAAUAAAGACGAUAAGAUAGCAGAACUUUUGACUCAAUUGGAUGAGCUUAAGCAGAACAUUGUAUUAUUAACAGAAGAAAGAGAUUUUUUGAAAAGCAAAAGUGAACAAUUGAAAAGCUUUAAUGAUGAUGUAAAAAAAUUAAAUGAAGAAAUAUAUGGUUAUGAACAAAACAUAUAUGAACUUAGAAAAGACAAAGGUCAGCUUAUUGUACAACACGAUAAAGAACUGAAGCAAUUGAAAAAUGAAUUAAAUCAAGUUCAAGCUAAAAACUUGGAACUAUCAAAUGAGUACAGUCAAUUAUCAGAAACUGCUAAAAUGUUGGAAAAAUCAUUGAAGGAAGACAUACAACAGUUGAAUAGGUGUAUUGUGGAUAAGAAUGCAAAAAUAUCCACAUUAGAACUGUUUUCCAAAACUAACACUGACGAUCUCAAAAAGAAGAAUCAUGAAUUGGAAAAUAUCUUUAAAAGGGCAAGAGAUGAGAAUAAUAUGUUGCGCAGAGAAUUACGCCGUUUGAAAGAAAUCACAAAUGUAACUAGAGUGGAUCAAUGUACUCAAACUGCUGAAGAACAGAGCUUAAUGGCCGACCACAAAAGUAUGAUUGAAAAAAUUGCUAAAUUUGAGAAGGAUAGUAAAAUGAUGAAAAUGAUGUUACAUCAUCGUAAAGCUAAAAUCGAAGAACUUGAAAAGCAACUAAAUGAAAAAAAAUGUUAAAUUUAAUUUAAAAUCUGUUUAGUGUCAACUCUACAGUUAAAUAUUUAUAUUUAUAAUUUUUAUACUUCAUUUAUUU